AUGAAUUUUGAGUGCCACAAUUUUCUCUGGGUAGACCCCAAAAGAGACAUCGUGUUGGAUGUCAGCAGCACAAAUAGUGUGGACUGCGAUGAAGAAAAUGAAGAAAUGAAGAAAUUGAAGGCUCUGCAGGAAAAAAGAAUAAAUGUAGAAAAGGGGAAGCAAAAGGAAACAACCAGGGAGAAACUUAAAUUGAAGAAAAAGUGGAAAAGGUCUUACUUCAGCUCCACCAAAGAGGACUCUUCAAAUCAAAGGAACAAAAGUAUCAGAAAAAAUACAAGAAAAAGAAAUGAACAAAUUUAA